AUGCCAUCACUCAUAUCAGCUCUGACGACGGGGCUAUUACUGGCGUCUGGAAUUCAUGCCGUUCCACAGGGACCAUUUGGAGCCGAGAGUGGGAUCGUAAGCGCGGUACCAACAGCAUCAGCAUCAACGGCUGGCGUAGCCGCUGCUCAACCAACAACAGCAUCAGCGUCAUCGAGCAAUGCCGCCAGCGAUAUCUCAGCCUGCAACAACUCACCGUUGCUUUGCGAUCGGGCCUACAACAAUGUCACGUACAUGGGCGCGCACGAUUCGUCCUUUCUCCGCGAUGCCAGCACCGGUAACAGCUUAGCUGGCAACCAAUAUUUCAACGCAACAGUCGCCCUCGACGCUGGCAUCAGACUGCUCCAAGGCCAAGUCCAUGACGCCAACGGGACACUCCACCUAUGUCACACCAGCUGCACCCUGCUAGACGCAGGGCCACUCGAAGACUGGCUGGCCAAGGUCAAGUUCUGGAUGGACAACAACCCCAACGAGGUCGUGACGAUCCUGCUCGUAAACUCCGACAACAAGCUCGUCUCCGACUACGCCGCCGUGUUCGAGGGAUCCGGUAUCUCUAUCUACGGCUACCAACCGAGCGACGGCAGCACAGCCAGCACCACCUGGCCCACGCUAGGCAACAUGAUCACCUCCAACAAGCGCCUGGUCACCUUCAUCGCCUCCAUCGACUACUCGCCCACCUACCCAUACCUGCUGAACGAGUUCGACCACGUCUUCGAAACCCCGUACAACGUCCUCAGCCUGAGUGGGUUCAACUGCACGCUCGACCGCCCCAGUGGGCAGGGUUCGGCGGGGAACGCUAUCUCGGCCGGGAUGAUGCCGUUGAUGAACCACUUUGCCGACAGUCUGAUUAUGCAGGGCGUCCAGAUCCCGGACGAGACGGACAUCGACAUCACGAACAGUGCGGACACUACCACCACGGGAAACCUGGGGUUGCACGCUGAUACCUGUGUCAAGCAGUGGGGGACGAAGCCGGUGUUUAUCCUGGUGGACUUUUUUGAUCACGGACCGGCGAUCGAUACCGCCGAUCGGUUGAACGGGAUCACGGCCACGGGGAGGAAGUCGGUCUCCGGGGAGGGCAAAAAGAGCACAAGCGGCGCGGGGGAGAACCACUCGCCGAUGGGCAUUAAUGUCGCGCUUGUUGCUUUUGUUGGAUUUGCUCUGGCGAUGGUGUAG